AUGUUGGUGGACGCAACCGCCGGCCAUGAGCUCCUGAGCUUCAUGGAUGCUUACUCAGGGUAUCAACAGAUACGAAUGCACCCUGAUGACGAGGAAAAGACAGCCUUCAUGACCAACAUGGGCCUUUAUUGCUACAUGUUUAUGCCAUUCGGAAAAUUUUUAGGUUAUAUGGUCACCCAAAGGGGCAUAGAGGCCAACCCAGCCCAAAUCGACUCCAUCAUGAAGAUUCAAUCCCCAACAUGCGUCAAAGACGUACAAAAAUUAACCGGGAUGAUAGCCGCAGGAGUGCGAGGAGGCAUUACAACAACUCAAGCAAUACCUGAUCAACCCGCCCCUUCUGUCCUAUUGGUUUAUUUGGCCGUGUCCGAGACUACUGUCAGUGCCGUGUUGGUCAGGGAGGACGAAGGGAGGCAAGCACCAAUAUACUAUGUGAGCAAGUCACUCCUAGAUGCGGAGACCCGAUACAGCCAACUUGAGAAGCUAGCUCUCGCAUUGGUCCACACGGCAAGAAAACUUCGACCCUACUUCCAAUGUCACUCGAUCUCAGUGGUGACCACAUACCCCCUCAAAGCCAUACUCCACAAGCCAGAGCUAUCGGGUCGAUUGACCAAAUGGGCAGUGGAACUAAGCGAAUACGACAUUACCUUCAAGCCCCAAACGACCCUUAAAUCUCAGGUACUAUCAGACUUCAUUGUUGAUUUCACUCCUAACCUUACCAUGCAGACCGACAAGGAACUAUGUUGCAUGACCGAAGAACCCGAUCAAACGGGGAUUUGGAAACUUUAUGUUGACGGGUCCAGCAAUAUGAGGGGAAGUGGACUUAGCUUGGUCCUUAUUUCACCUCAGGGCGACAUGGUCGAACAAUCAGUUCGGUGUCAAUUCAAGGCAACCAACAACGAGGCGGAGUAUGAGGCAAUGCUGGCUGGACUUGAAUUGGCCAAGGAGAUAGGGGUCAAACGAAUUAAUGUCUUCAGCGACUCCCAUCUUGUGGUCAAUCAAAUGCAAGGAUCCUACCAAGCCAAGGAUGCCAAAAUGAUAGCCUAUCUGGGCAAAACUAAAGAGUUACAAUUGAGCUUUGAGGAGUUCACCCUGAGCCAAGUUCCACGAGGGGACAAUAGCCAUGCCGACGCAUUAGCCAACUUGGGGUCAUCCAUCCAGACCACGCAACCAAAGGUCAUUCAGAUAACCUGCCUCCAAUGGCCAGCGACUCAAAAGGAUAAGGAGGAACAAGUCCAUGAAGUGUCAGCCGAACCAACCUGGAUGACCCCCAUAACGGAUUACUUAGCACAAGACACACUUCCAGAUGACAGAAAUGAAGCACGCCGACUCAAAGCCCAAGCAGUCCGAUUCUCCAUUAUUCGAGGUAAAUUGUAUAAGCGCUCUUACAAUGGUCCAUACUUGAGAUGUAUUAACCAUGCAGAGGCAAGAUAUGUCCUUUCCGAGCUACAUGAGGGGGAAUGCGGCGACCAUUCGGGUAGAAGAAGCCUCGCCCAUCGAACCCUGACUAGUGGGUAUUAUUGGCCCACCAUGAAAGCCGAUUCAACAGACUAUGUCAAGAGAUGCGAUAAGUGCCAACGAUUUGCCCAAGUCUUCCACUUACCCCCAAAGCCACUAAAAGCUAUCACUUCUCCAUGGCCCUUCAUGAAAUGGGGGAUGGACAUCGUAGGCAAACUACAUGUUGCCCUUGGGCAAAAAGUCUACAUGUUAGCCGUAACGGACUACUUCACCAAGUGGAUCGAGGCAGAUUCUUUUCACCAGGUUAGGGAUAAAGAGGUAAAAGGUUUUAUCUGGAAGAAUGUUAUAUGCAGGUAUGGGGUGCCCAAGGAGAUCGUCACGGACAACGGGUCCCAAUUUAUAAGCGCAGACUUUCAAGAUUUUUGUAGGUUUUGGAACAUCAAGCUAAGCUUCUCAACGCCAAGAUAG